AUGGGCUAUCAAUGGAAGGUGGGGAAUGGGAGGAAAACAAAAUUUUGGGAAGAUCAUUGGUUUGGCUCUUGUAGCUUAGCCAUCCAAUUUUGGGAGCUUUACAGUAUUGCUAAUGAACAUAAUCUACCUAUUGCUGACCUUUGGGAUGGAACUAAUCUUAAGAUCACUUUCAGGAGGUGUGGGGACAAUAGACUGCUACACCUCUGGUUUGAUUUACCAAGCAUUGCACAAUCUAUCAUUCUGAAUGAUGAAGAUGAUGCUAUUAUCUGGAAGCUUGAAUCUAAUGGGAGAUAUUCAGUUAGAUCCAUGUAUGGUAUGGUGGAUUUUAAAGGGGUCUGCCCUGUACAUAUCCCAAAAAUAUGGCAGCUCCAUGUCCCUCCUAACAUUCAUAUCUUUAUGUGGUUGCUUGCACAUGAUAAGCUGCUGGUUAGGAGUAAUUUGAGUAAGAGACAACACUUAGAUGAUCUUACCUGCCUGUUUUGCUCUGAGUAUGAGAAUAUUAACCACCUGUUCUUUGAGUGUGCUAUUGCUGCUGAGGUGUGGAGGAAUAUUCAUAUUAUUGCUGGGUGUAUGCCCCAGCCUGCUUUUGAUAGUAUGACGAAGUUGUGGGAGAAACACAAAUCUCUGCAAGCUGAAAAUAUGCUUAUUUCAGCUACACUCUGGGUUAUCUGGAGGAGCAGGAAUGAUAUGUGUUUUAACAAGGCCCCCUGGAUGGGUGUGCAGGUGCUUCUGAGGAAAAUUGCAGGUUACUGCGAUCAAUGGAAGAUCUUGUGCAAAGGGGCUGCAAGAGAACGCGUGGAGAGGCUCAUCUCUUCACUGUGGGAGACGGCCAGGCGUCCUCCCCUGCUGAUCUGGCCAGAACCAGGUUGA